AUGAGCGCCGCCCUGGACCGCCUGUCGGUGGGCUCUCGCGCCAGCUCGGCGGCCUCCGCUUCCCCGCCGAGCUCCUCCGCAGCAGCGGCGGCGGCGUCCCCGCGCCCCCCGUCGGCCGCCGGCCUGCGCCUGCUGUCGGCCAACGUGCGCAAGCUGCACGGCGCGCUCAACCUGCUGCUGAGCGAAGCGGAGCGCGAGCGCUUCAUCCACUGCCUGAACGUCUACCACGGCCGGCGGAACGUCUUCGACCUGGUCCAGACGCUCAAGGUGCUCCUCGACGGGCCCGAGAAGCGGCAGCUGCUGCCCCUGCUGCGCCUGGUCAUCCCCCGCUCGGACCAGCUCCUCUUCGACCAGUACACCUCCGAGGGGCUCUACCUGAAGGCGGACUUCUUGCCCGACGGCACCACAGCCACCCCGGCUGCCCACUUCUGGCCUCCCGCCCCGGCGAGGCCCCCUCCGGACUCCGGCGCCACCCCCGACGGGCCGGCUCCCCCGGGCCCCUCGGCCUCCGGCUCGGCGGAACUGUCCGGGGAGGUCCGGCAGGUGACCCUCCGCCGGAACAAAGCCCACGAGGGCUUGGGCUUCAGCAUCCGCGGCGGUUCCGAGCACGGCGUGGGCAUCUACGUCUCGCUGGUGGAGCCGGGCUCCCUGGCCGAGAAGGAAGGCCUUCGGGUAGGCGACCAGAUCCUGAGAGCCAACGACAGGCCCUUGGACAAGGUGACCCACGCGGAGGCCGUCAAGGCCCUCAAGGGUGCCAAGAAGCUGAACCUAUCAGUCCACUCAGCGGGGCGCAUCCCCGGCGGCUACGUGACCAAUCACAUCUACACGUGGGUCGAUCCCCAUGGCCGGAGCAUCUCUCCGCCAAUGGGCCUGCCCCAGCACCAGAGCAGCUCCCUGCGCAAGGACGGCGAGAAAAGGAGCCAUCUCCAGCUACUGCAGGAAGGGGAUGAGAAAAAGGUGAACCUGGUACUGGAUGAAGGGCGGUCCCUGGGCCUCAUGAUCCGAGGAGGAGCUGAAUACGCUCUUGGGAUUUACAUCACGGGGGUAGACAAGGACUCUGAAGCCGAAAGCACCGGGUUGAAGGUUGGAGACCAGAUUCUGGAGGUGAAUGGCAAAAGCUUCCUCAGCAUCCCCCAUGAUGAGGCGGUCAAGCUCCUAAAGUCCUCGCGUCACCUCAUCAUGACCGUCAAAGACAUUGGACGGCUCCCUCAUGCUCGGACCACAGUAGACGAGACCAAGUGGAUCACCAGUUCGCAGAUCGGCGACACCGUGGUCAAUCCGUCAGGGGUCUCUGGAGAUCCCACGGCAGAGGUGACAGCAAAGCCAUCUUUUUACAGAGGGCUGGCGGGAUCCCAGGUAACCUUGAGCACUCUGGUGAACCAAAGCCGUGUGAUGUUGGAGGAACAAGCACGUCAUCUCCUGAACGAGCCAGAGAGAGCCACCAUGGGCUACUACCUGGAUGAAUACAAGGAGAACAACAUCCCAGUUGAUGCUCUUGUCAUGGCUCUCUUUGAACUGCUCAACACUCAUGCCAAGUUCUCGCUCUUGUCUGAGGUGAGAGGAGUGAUAUCCCCGCAGGACCUCGACCGCUUCGACAACUUGGUCUUGAAGAGGGAGAUCGAAUUCAUGAAGGCCCGGCAGCCUUCGGGGACCGGGACGGGUACAGACUCUUACUCUGUGAUGUCAUGCAGUGACACAGUCUCCUCCACCGGGAGCCAUUUCACUUCCACCACGGUCAGUUCAGCCCGGAAUACAUCGGACUUGGAAGGAGGAGGGGACGUGAUCCAAAGCAGCGCCAAUGCCCUGCCAGACAUCUCCCUGGACGAUGUCCCCGGCUUCGCCGACGGGCCUCCUGCUUUCAAGCCUCCACCUCCCACCCCUCCUUCUCAAACGGAGGCAGACCCUUCCGCCCCCCAGGACAGAACUGUGGUGGAAGACACCCUCAAGCGGCCGUCCUCCGAGUCCUCCCAGUCGGGCCUGUUCUUCGUGGCACCCCAGAACCCCACCCCGCCUCCCAGCCUCUCCGAGAACGACACCGGCAGCGUCGCCUCCUCCUCUACCGCCACGUCCUCCAUGGAGGAUUCUGCGUCCAGCACCACCUACGCAUCGGUCUCCCACGCCUCCCGAAGGCCCCUGGACACCCACUUGCUGUUGGUUAACCCGCACCCCAUUGGUCCCUUCCCACGAGUCCAGUCACCAACUCGGUUGAAGAAUCCCCCUCCGGAGGCCCAGCUGAACCCCGAUGCGCUCUCCCCUUCUCCUCCCCCGCCCCCGCCCCACCCGGCCCCUCCCCCUCCCCACGAGAAGGGCAGCCCAGAGGCCGGCACCGCCCAGCACUUCAUCAUGGUGGAAGUUCAUCGGCCCAACAGCGAACCGGAUGUGAACGAAGUGAGGUCCUUGCCCCAAGCCAGAGCUUCGACGCUCUCCCAGCUUUCUGACAGCGGGCAGACCCUCAGCGAAGACAGCGGCGUGGACAUCGGGGAAAUGGAGCUCAGCGCCAAAGAUAGGAGCCGGCCACAGGGUCCUGUCAAAAACCGGAGCCCCCAGGAAGCGCCGAGGGCUGACGGGCCGGUAGAGGCAGGCCCCAAGCCGCCAGGCCUCCUAGAACCGACGUCCCGCCUGAUCCGCGUGGCAAAGAGUGCGCCGACCCUGGGCAUCGCCAUCGAAGGGGGAGCCAACACCCGUCAGCCCCUGCCUCGGAUUGUCACGAUACAGAGAGGAGGCUCCGCCCACAACUGCGGGAAGCUGAAGGUGGGUCACGUGAUCCUGGAGGUCAACGGCGCAGCUCUGCAAGGGAAGGAGCACCGUGAGGCAGCUCGCAUCAUUGCCGAGGCCUUUAAGACGAAGGACAAGGACUAUGUCGAUUUCCUAGUCACCGAGUUUAAUGUUGCACUUUAG